AUGAGAUCCAGGGAGGACGGUGAGCAGGGCAGCGACAGAGCCCGCGGGAAGCUGGCUGCUCAGGCCGACCCGGGUGGCACAGGCUGCAGCUCCCCCUUUGACCUCCAGGGGGCAUUCCAGCCCCAAAGACAUGGUCACCAGGGCCCUGUCCUAGUUCAGCAGCGGGGGAACGGCUCCUGCUCCAGAAUCGGCCGUGCUAUCCCAGGACACCAAGCAGACCCGCUGAGCCUUGGUUUCUCCAUCUGUAAAGGAGAGCAGUUACAGGAACAGCUUCACUAG